ACUUAUAUUUUUACUAUAAGUAAUAUAUUAAUUAUUCAUUAAUCGAGCCUUUUUUACGGUGACGAUAAUAGCAUAGUAUAAAAUUAGCACGGUUCUGACACUGACUGUGCAUUCGCAGCGACAUGGCCGUCUUCAUGAUUAACAUCUGUAAAUUUAAUGACUGUGGAAUUAUAUUUCCAAGAUUAACACAACUUAUUGAACACAUCGAGGAUAUUCAUAUAGAUUACGAUCCGGAGGUGGUAGAGCAGAAAGAGGCUUCUCAGCCGUCAUGCAUCCCACUAAGUUACAUUUUGAAAUAUAUAUCAGAAGCGUCAAGACGCGAAAAUCAAAAUGCACCUCCUGUUCCGGAGGUCCGCCGUCGUUUACUCUCCGCACCCAAAACACCAUCAGUGCGCAGCAGUACACCCACAGGAAGUGAAAUGGACGAAGACGAGGCAGGUACUCAUUCAGAAGACAGUAAUGACUCUUGGACAACGGUAGAAGAGUACAGCUCUGAGUUCAUAUUGCGUUACGGGAUGAGAAUGAAUCCAAACGCCUUGUCCGGGGCUUUGGGUCCUGUCGCUCAAGAGAAGCCAUUUGCUUGUCCAGUACCUGGUUGCAAGAAGCGAUACAAGAACGUCAACGGUAUCAAGUACCACUCUAAGAAUGGUCACAAGAAGGACGGCAAGGUAAGAAAGGCGUACAAAUGCCAGUGCGGCAAAAGUUACAAAACCGCCCAAGGAUUUAAGAGCCACUCCAUAUCGCAACACAUCGCCAAUAGCACAGUGCUGGCGGUCCCAUCAGAGCUGGUCCGGCCGGCGCAGAGAAUGCCCGCCGUCGUGGUGACGGCGUCGGGCUCUCGUCCGCACCACGGCCCCGACGGAGCUGACGGCAACAAGCUGGUUCGCAUCUAUGACACACUCAAAAACAAAGAUCUCUCAACGUUUACCAUCACUAAAAGUAAUCUCGGCAUCAAUGUCGUAUCAAAGCAAAGUCAUUUACGUCACGGUCUCCCGUCGUCUCACUCCCCGCCCGUUACGAGUCUCGUUGAGAAAAAUAUCGACGCUUAUACUAAAGUGACUGUACAGAGCGCCCAACAGGUUUACGCACAGUCUUUCACUAAUGAGACGGCCAAUUAAUUUAGAACCUUUGCGAUCGAAGCGAAUUCAAAACGCAGGUUCGAAUACACAGUUCCUAAUAGUUUUGUUUUUGUUCAGAUUUAUUUAGCUAACGUAGGUACAUAGACUAUAGAGGUCGUCAAAUGUAUUAUUGCUUACAUGAAAUUUAGCUUUCAUAAAAUUUUCUAGCACAAAAAUGUUCUGUAGUAAUGCUCCGCAAUUUAUUUAUUUUCACGUUGACAUUAGAUUAGUUGUAUUUAUUUUAGUAUUAUUUGUGAUUGUUGUUAAUAUUUAUUUGAUUUAUUUGCAUGUUUUUUUUCAUCUGUAAUUAGUCUAUGGAAAAGGCUGUGGGAGAAAUGUUUAAUUGGCGUAAACGAUUGGUUUAUAAAAUUGAUCUAUUUGUAGUUUAGAGUUGGGGUGCGUUCGGAUAUACAUGAAAGUAUUUUCCUGUCGCAAUAAGAGAGUGGGACGGGAAUGUUUUGUUCGCAAUUUUUUUUUUCGUAUGAACGCACUAAUCGCACCUUUUAAAAUUCAAUACGAAAUUUUUCAGUAUCGAAAGUGUGUUUUUUAAUAAAAGAUCUUUCUAAUCUUCUUCUAUUUUUAACAAAAGUCUUCCUAAUAGUAAACAAAUGAUAAAACACUUACUAACAGCAAUAACGUACUAGGUUCCUCGAAAUUAUAGUUUUAAAAUUUCUUUUUAAAAUAUUUUUGAUUCUGGUAACAAUAUUUUUUUUCUCUUCGUGCCAUACUUUGUGGCAUGUACUUAAAAUUAUCUAUCAAAAUCGCUUUAGAUUUAUAGAUAAACGUUGUAAACACACCCUCGGAAUAAAUUAUU